AUGGUGGCUAGGGACGAGGAUGGCGAGAUCUUGGCGGCGGCUUCACACUACCCGACGGCUGCUACUUCAGCCACGAUGGCAGAGGCGUUUUGUCUCCGUUGGGCCAUGGAGCUUUCUUCACAGUUAGGAUUCAGGGGGGUGCAGUUUGAGACUGAUUGUCUUCAGCUUUUCCAUGCUUGGAAGAAGGGUGUUGGUCAUUCUCCUUUAUUUUCUUUGCUUCAGGAUUGUAAGGCUUUUGUUCGUUUGUUUGAUUGUGUUGAGUUUACUUUUACUCGUAGACAGGGCAAUACUUGUGCUGAUUUUAUGGCUCGGAACACCUCUACCCUUUCAAAUACUGUUUGGGUGGAGGAGGGUCCCCCGGGUUUAUGUAGCCUUUUACAGGCGGAUCUUUUGGCUUCUAUGCCGGUUAUGAUUUAA